AUGGACGGUGACUUUGGCACAACUCGUCUGAGUACUCGACAGCCCGUCCUGCGGCUAGACCUCGAGGCCCUGCCGCGUCCUACUGAACAGCCUGAGGAUCCCGCUUCAGGCCCUGAAACAGCCCUACCCCUGGUGCCACCAUUGACGUGCCCUGACACCCCUGCCACCAGCCAGCCGGGACCUGUCAUGCCCCCUGCCCGGGCAGCUCCAACGACCCCUGCCGCUUCUUCUGGAACGUCCGAUGGCCCGCCCCGUCGUCCUGUUCGCCCAUCUGUGGUUGUUCCUGUUCCUUCGUCUGUCGACACGCAGUUGCCGUCGCUCACACCCGUUGGACGGGCCAGUGCUUCUCCUAGGCGAUCUAUACCCGUCGCCCAGCCAAACCUGUCUGGCACACAGACUAUGACAUGUGACAUUGACACUCGAACAACCGUGAUCAUGGGCGUCAAUCCAAAUUAG